CUGUGAUAGAAUCAAUUGCAUCAGUGGAUAUUAUAUAAAGAAAUGCUUUCAGUGGUAUUCGCAGUUCACCCACCUUAGCCGCCAUGGGGCUAAGAGCUGCCAGCCUUCUUGUGCUCUGGCUGGCUCUUUCCAAUACGAGUGAAAUAAGAAAAGGAAGGACAAGAAACCAUGGCCACUAUGUCUGCAGCACCUGGGGGAACAACCAUUUCAAAACAUUUGAUGGAGAUAUCUAUCAAUUUCCUGGCAUGUGCGAGUAUAACUUUGUUUCUGACUGCCAAGACUCUUACAGGGAGUUCUCUGUCCACAUUCAGCGUGCUCUGAACAGCAAUAACCACCCUGAGAUCCAGUAUAUCCUGAUAACAAUCACGGAUUUCACGGUGUACCUCAAGCCCAAACUGGCUGUUGUGGAUGGGCGGAUUGUCAAGACACCUUACUACAGCUCUGGCUUGCUCAUUGAGAGCAAUGAUGUUUAUACCAAGGUUUAUGCCAAACUAGGCCUAAUCCUCAUAUGGAAUCAGGAAGAUGCACUGAUGGUGGAGCUGGACAGCAAGUUUGGUAACCAGACAUGUGGUCUUUGUGGGGAUUACAAUGGAGUUCCAAUCUACAAUGAGUUUAUUAGUGGAGUUGCAAGCUACAAUUCAAUUACGUAUGGGAAUUUACAGAAGAUCAGCAAACCCAAUGAUGAAUGUGAAGACCCUGAUGAAACUCAGGCUCUCCCAAGCUGUAGUGAGCAUCGUGAUGAAUGUGAGAAGUUGCUGACCUCCUCUGCAUUUGCUGAUUGUCACUCACGCCUUAAUCUGGAAAUGUACAUCCAAGCCUGCAUGCAGGACAAGUGUGCAUGUAAAGGAAAUGAGGACUCCUUUUGCCUCUGCAGCACCAUCUCUGAGUAUUCUCGCCAGUGUUCACAUGCAGGUGGCAGGCCGGGUGAAUGGAGGACAGAGAACUUUUGCUACAAGACAUGUCCUGGCAAUAUGGUAUAUAGAGAAAGCAGCUCACCCUGCAUGGAUACUUGCUCACACUUGGAAAUCAGCAGCCUUUGUGAGGAACAUUACAUGGAUGGCUGUUUCUGCCCUGAAGGAACUGUGUAUGAUGAUAUCACUGAAAAUGGCUGCGUACCUGUUAGCCAGUGCUACUGCAGACUCCAUGGAAAGGGGUAUUCACCUGGAGAAACCAUUAGCAAUGAGUGUGAAGAAUGCACCUGUGAUUCAGGCAGAUGGAUGUGCAAAGAUUUACCCUGUCCAGGCACAUGUUCAUUGGAAGGAGGUUCCCAUAUUACAACCUUUGAUGGGAAGAAAUACACCUUCCAUGGAGACUGUUACUAUGUGUUGGCCAAGAGUGCUGUGAAUAAUACUCAUGCCCUCCUGGCAGAGCUGGCUCCUUGUGGCUCCACAGAUGGACAGACCUGUUUGAAGACUGUUGUGCUGUUAGUAGACAACAAAAAAAAUGUGGUGGUUUUCAGAUCAGAUGGCAGUGUGUCACUGAAUGAAAUGACAGUGAAUGUGCCUCAUGUGUCAGCUAGCUUCUCAGUUUUCAAGCCAUCUUCUUACUACCUCAUUGUACAUACUUCUUUUGGGCUUCAACUGCAGAUUCAGUUGUCUCCGGUCAUGCAACUGUUUGUGACAGCGGAUCAGUCAGUCCAGGACCUUCAAGGUCUUUGUGGAAAUUUUAAUGGAAUGGAAGGUGAUGACUUUAAAACAACCAGUGGGUUGGUAGAAGCUACAGGAUCUGCCUUUGCAAACACAUGGAAAGCUCAGUCCACCUGUGCAGACCAAGUAGAAAAGCUGGAAGACCCCUGCAGUCUCAGCAUUGAAAGUGCAAAUUAUGCUGAGCAUUGGUGUUCUUUGCUGAAAAACUCAGAGGGCCCAUUUGCAAGAUGUCACUCAGUCAUUGAUCCUGCAGAAUACUAUAAGAGAUGUAAAUAUGACACCUGCCUCUGCAAGGACAGUGAGGAGUGCUUGUGUGCUGCCCUGUCCUCUUAUUCAAGAGCUUGUGCUUUCAAAGGGAUCGUACUGGGUGGCUGGAGACAAAGUGUCUGCUCUGAUGAAGUGUCCGCUUGCCCAGGAAAUCAAGUCUUCCUCUACAAUCUUACAAUGUGCCAGCAAACCUGUCGUUCCAUUGCUGAUGGUGAAAAGUACUGCUUGCAAGACUUUGCUCCUGUGGAUGGCUGUGGCUGCCCAGAUAAUACAUACUUGGAUAAUCAGGAUACGUGUGUGCCCAUCUCCAAAUGCCCAUGCUAUUACAAGGGGUCGUAUCUGGAACCUGGAGAUUAUGUUACAAAGGAUGGAGAGCGUUGUGUUUGCCGAAAUGCAAAGGUCCAAUGUACUUCAGUGACAAUGAGAAUGAAAAGUAUAACAGAAUGUCCUUCAAACAAAACCUACUUUGAUUGCAAUGCAUCCCCAGACUGGACUUCACAAACACCUGUACAACUUCGCUGUGGUACUUCUCCAACUGAUCUUUAUCAGGGUGAAUGUGUCUCAGGCUGCGUGUGUCCUGAAGGUCUGUUUGAUGAUGGUAGAGGGGGCUGUGUUGUGGAAGAGGACUGCCCAUGUAUUCAUAACAGCGACUGGUAUAACCACGGGCAGAGCAUAACAGUGGACUGUAACACCUGUACCUGCCAGAAAGGUGUCUGGAGCUGCACUGAAAAUGUGUGCUAUGGGACUUGCUUGAUAUAUGGAAGUGGCCAUUAUAUCACCUUUGAUGGAAAAUUCUAUGACUUUGACGGAAGUUGUGAAUAUGUGGCUACUCAGGAUUAUUGCGGUGACAAAAAUUCUGGUGGCUCAUUCAGUAUCAUCACAGAGAACGUCCCUUGUGGAACUACAGGAGUCACCUGCUCAAAAGCCAUUAAAAUGUUUAUAGGGAAAACUGAAUUGAAGUUGGAGAACAAGGAUUAUAAGGAAAUUCAGCGAGAUGUUGGUGAUGAUGUGUAUUACCAGAACAAGACAGUAGGUCUCUACCUUGUUAUUGAAGCUAGCAAUGGUGUGAUGCUUAUCUGGGAUAAGAAGACCACUGUUUUCAUCAAACUGACUCCUGACUAUAAAGGGAAAGUGUGUGGUCUGUGUGGCAACUUUGAUGACAAGUCCAACAAUGACUUUACAAGCAGGAGUGGGCUGCAAUUGACAAGUGCUUUGGAGUUUGGGAAUUCCUGGAAACAGUCAUCUGUGUGCCCGGAUGUCACAGAAGAGAUUAAACCCUGUGAUCUGAAACCACAUCGCAAGCCAUGGGCAGAGAAAGAAUGCAGCCUUAUCCUGAGUGAAAUCUUUAAAAUUUGUCAUUCCAAGGUGAACCCAUCUCCUUUCUAUGAUGCUUGUGUUCACGAUGCCUGCUCUUGUGACAGUGGUGGAGAUUGUGAUUGCUUCUGUUCUGCUGUUGCUGCAUAUGCACAAGAAUGUACCAAAGCUCAGGCCUGUGUCUUCUGGAGAAGUCCUGAUAUAUGCCCAAUAUUUUGUGACUACUAUAACCCUCGUAAUGAGUGUGAAUGGCACUAUGAGCCUUGUGGCAGCAAUGUCGUGACCUGCAGAAUGAUUUAUAAUGUCAGCACCAACUUCUCAGUUCCAUACCUGGAAGGUUGCUACCCCAGAUGCCCUCAUGAAAAGCCCAUUUAUAAUGAAGAGACAAAAGAGUGUGUGGCUGCAGAUGAAUGCUGGUGUUACCACAACGGUAAUCCUGUUAUCAUAGGUGGAGAAAUACCAACAGAAGAGAACUGUACAAAAUGUAUCUGUCGCCCCUCAGGAUCCAUUGAGUGUACACCAAUUCCAGGAUGUCCUUGUGUUAUCAACGGAACAAGUUAUGAUGUGGGAGAAACGGUUGCAACAAUAAAGGAUGGCGACAUAUGCACAAUAUAUGUUUGUGCAGAAAAUGGAUCUGUAGUUAUUGGAGGUUCUUAUCCUUGUCCAUUAACUACCUCACCUUCAACCAUUACAACCUCUCCUGGUACAAAUACUAUUACCACCAUAGUUACCACAAGUCCUCCAGUAACUACAACUCCAUGCCUUGGAUUAAUCUGUGAUUGGUCUGAGUGGUUUGAUGUUAGUAAUCCUGAAGAAGAUGGUGGUGACUAUGAAACCUAUGAAGAAAUAAGAAAAGAACAUGGAAACAAAAUAUGUACAGCUCCUGAAAAUAUUGAAUGCAGGGCUAAAGACAGUCCUGAUAAAACCUUAGAGGAACUUGGCCAAAAAGUGGAAUGUAAUGUUACGUAUGGACUCAUCUGUAAAAAUGAGGAGCAAGAUGCAAGUAUCUGGCAUCUUUGCUAUAAUUAUGAAAUCAGGGUAAACUGUUGUGAAUGGCAUGAAAUUCCUUGUGAGACUGCAAGUACACCGAGUUCAACACCAACUGCAUCUUCAGUCACCACUGGAACAACUGUGCCCACUACGACAACCCGGCAGUCAACGACAAUUACCUCAAAACCAACACCCACUGCAACCACCACAAGCCAACCCACACCUUCAGUAACCACACCAGUAACUUCAGCCUCCACAGUAUCAACCACUGCUCCCACACCAACUCCAUCAGAAUCUCCAACCAGUACUGCCACCACAACACCCUUCAGCAGCAGCACCCAGGGAACUACUCAGACUGUUCCUGGUGUAUCCUCAUCCACUCCGACAUUUACAAGCACAACCUUACCAACAAUAGUAACUCAAACCCACUCGCCUCCACCUUCACAACCAGUGACAAAUUGUGAAUGCAUCUGGACAGACUGGAUCGAUUCGAGUCAACCAGAUAGAUCUGAUGUGAACAGUGGAGACUAUGAAACCAUUGACAAAAUAAACAACUCCUCCUUGGAAUGCGUGAAAGCUGAGAAUAUUUCAUGCAGAGCGAAGGAUUACCCUGACAUUUCCCUAGAAGAGUUAGGGCAGAAGGUUCAAUGCAAUGUAAACACAGGGCUUACCUGUAACAAUAAGGAUCAAGAAAACAACGGCAAUGUUUCAUACUGCCAUAACUAUGAGAUCAGCGUCUGCUGCACACCAAACAAACCAGAGUGUAUACCAACUCCGGAAUUUACCACGGCAGUCAGCACAACAGUGUCACACUCAACCACUACA